CCAUCUCUGAAAUCUUUCCGACGGCUCCAAAACAGUACACUAUUUUAAAAAGAUGAACAAAAACAGCAAUUUUGAUCUGUCAGAAAACGGCCAUGAGCUACUGAAUUUUCAUCCAUCUUCUUCGUCAUGCAAUCGGAGCCCAAAUCGCGUCGAAAUCGACUACGCCGAGAUUGAUCGUCGGAGCCCUCCUGUUCUUGAAGGGAUCGCGGCAGUGGUUGGAGAGAGAGUGCUCUUCGGCGACAAGGUAGAGAGAGAGAGUGGAAGUAAUCGGAGGAAGACUAGCGGUUAUCGAGGAGUGAGGAGACGGCCGUGGGGGAGGUGGUCGGCGGAGAUACGGGACCGCAUAGGGCGGUGCCGCCACUGGCUCGGCACCUUCGACACGGCGGAGGAGGCGGCUCGUGCCUACGAUGCGGCGGCAAGGAGGAUGAAAGGCUCUGGAGCGAGAACUAAUUUCCAGAUUCCUCCUAUUUUGCCAUCGCCAUCAAGCUCUUGUUCUGAUCAGCCGCGGAGGAGAAUUAGGGCUAAAACUAGAGGGAAAUGCUCGGUCGUAACGUGUGCUGCUCAUCUUUUCAGCCCCAAUUUCGCCGCUGACGCUACAAACGACGUCGGUUUGGAGCUCCAAGAUGGAGGUUUCGGCAACAAAAAUAGGGUUUCUAAAAUGUAAUAAUCUUUUCCUUAAUUUACUUAUUUUGCCUUAUUAAUUUUAGACUUAA